AUGGCACAAGUCCAAUCCCUCCUUGACCACGCCCCACCCCUCUCAACAAUCUACCUGACCUCUCGCACACCACCUAAAAUCAUCCACAAUAUCACCUCUUCAAUUCUGAGCUACCAUCCGCUCGACAUUACUACUCCAUCUUCUAUUGAGGCCCUCUACAAAACCAUUAAGGAGGCAGGCGGAAUAGAUGUACUUGUAAACAAUGCGGGCAAUGGCACGGGUAGCGUUAAGGAGAUAGUGGAGUUCAAUUACUAUGGAGGAUUCCGCGACGAGGAGUUAAGAGCUAAGAUGGCGGCUGCGGGGGAAGGUACGAUUGAGGGGUUGGAUGCGUUAAUAGAGAGAUAUAGGGCAGAUGUGAAGGCUGGAGUAUCGAAGGAGAAAGGUUGGCCCCACCAGUACUCAGUCACGAAAGCUGCCAUAACGGCUGCGAAGAUUACCAUGGCGAGGGAUAACCCUGAACUUUUGGUGAACUGCUGCUGUCCUGGCCGGGUUGAGACAGAAACAGGUGUCAAGUUCGCAUCAAGGGCGAUACCUUUGAAGACGAUAGAAGAGGGAGCACGGAUUCUGGUUAGAUUGGCAGCUGAGGAUAUUGGCGGCAUUUCCGGGAAAUUUUGGAAGAAUUCUUCCCUUACAGAGAAGGGUUAUGGACAGGCUACUGAUUGGUGUGAUGAGAAUAGUUGGUCGCUGGAGGACAAAUUUUUUGACGGAAUUCAAUAUGUCUUUUAG